AUGCAUGAAGAUGUCGAUAAUGAUGAAGAGGAAGUAAUCCUUGAUCGACGAACAUUAAUUCAUCAACCAAAUAAUUCCAGUUCAUUAAGUAAUUCUGGUCCAAUACUAUUAGGUGUUAAUCGAUUUAAUAUUAAAGUAUAUGAUGAUCCUAUUAAAUUAUCACGAGCACAAAUAAUUCUUCUAGCAGUAACUUGUAUAUCAAUUGGUAUGUUUACGGGUUUAUUGGGACCAACAUUUACAUUUCUUUCACAACGUAUGCAAGCUGACUUAUCAGCAGUUAUAUGGCUUAUUGCUAUGAAAGCAAUUGGAUUUCUUAUUGGAAGUUUUUUAAGUGUUUACCUUUAUGCUUGGUUUAAUGUAUGUUGUUUACUUGGUUUAUCAUGUUUAGCAAUUAGUUUUGGUGUUUGUUCUCUUCCACUUAUAACUGAUUUAGCUACAUUUUAUUUAGCUUCACUUAUUCUCGGCAUUGGUCUUGGUAUAUCUUAUAAUGGUAUCGAUGCACUUUAUAAUCGUAUAUGGACGCGAUCAUCAUUAACGUCUAUUCGAUGGUUACAUUUAUUAGUUGCUUGUGGUGCUAUUAUUUCAACAUCAAUGCUUUUCCAAUCGAAUAUUUCAAAUACAAAUGAAAUUUCAUCAACAACAGCUACGACGCAAUCUUAUCGUCCACGUCGAGAAGUCAGAGAUGAAAUAGCUAAUCGUCUUGCUUCAUUAUCACCACAAACUAAUGAAGAUAUGUUAUUUAAUAUGACCGAUACACUAAAUCUAUCGAAUUCUACAUAUACAACCAGCGAAUUAUCGUUGAUAAAAACAAGUACACCAGCAAAAGUUAUAUUAAAACCAUCUGUAGUUGAAACUAAUAUGUUGAAACAAUCAAAUGUUGCUAAACCAAUGCUUGAAACAGGUCAAGCAACUGUAAAACCAUCGUGUAAUAAAUUAUUUUGUUGUUAUGAUUAUAAUAAUACAAAGCAAAAUGAAACAACAAAUAAUAAUAAUAAUAAUAAUAAUACAUUUUCUUGUCAAGAAACCGAUCAAAAUCCGUCAAAUGAUUGUAAAAAUAUUAUAUCAUUCUGUAAAAAUUCAACAUCACAAACAUGUUUACUUGAUAAAACAAAUAUUUCGUGUCUAAUCGAUCAUAUUUGUACCAAUGAUCAAAAAUUCGAUUGUACAAUUCAAUUAAUUAAUGCUGCUAUUAAGGCAAGCAGUUCUACAACAGCAACUACAAUUAUAUCAACAACUACAACAGGAAUGACUACCAUUUCAUCAACUACUACAAUUAAUGAACCUAUAACAAAUACCACGAUUGUACCUUCGACGAGUGUAACUACCUUAACAACAUCAACUCCAACCACUCCAACAACUCCCACAACUCCAACAACAACAACAAUAACAACAACUACUACAGCAGUCACAACAACAAUGAUCACAACAACAAUAGCUUCAAUAACAAAUACAAGUACAACAAUUUUAACAUCAACAACAACUUAUCGUAAUAAACCUUCAAUGGCUGAAUCAGAUAAAGAUGAUGAUUCAAAAAAUCUUUUUUUUGUAAAAAUUCAUACAUUUUUUAAUUCAAUUACAUUAAUUCAUUUAAUUUAUUUAUCUAUUGCAUUUCUAUUUUUUCUUCUUGGUAUAUGUUAUUCAACAUUAGCUAUGCGUGGUGAAGGUAUAAAUACAUCUUCAAAAAAAUCAUUAAAUUUAAAUCCAUUAUCAUUAUUAUUUGGUAAUUCUCAUCGAAUAACAAAUAAUUCAACUAGUUCAAUAUCAUUAUUAUCAGAUCGUUCUUCACUUAAAUUUGUUUUACUUCUUAUAAUAUUUUAUUUUAUAAUGACUGGUAUUGAAAGUUCAUGUAUUUAUUUAACAUAUAUAUUUGGUAGUGCUUUAAAAUUUCAAUCAUAUCAAUGUUUAUUAAUACAAUUUUUAUUUAUAUUUGGUCUUAUAUUAGGACGUUUAAUUGAUAUAUUAAUGAAUUAUGGUUGUUUUUUAUUUAAUACACGUAUAACAAAUCGAACAAAAAAACAAUCAGAUAAAUUUCAUUUAAUAUCAAUUAAAUUUUGUAUACUUAUACGUUUAAUAUUAUUAUUAUUAAUAUGUUCAACAUUAAGUUUUUCACAUUUAUUUCAAGAUAAUUCAACAACAAAAUCAUCUAUACCAUCCAUACGUAUGUUUUAUUUUAUAUUUUUUUUUAUUGGAUUAUUAAUAGCAUCAUUACCAACAUUAAUACUAUUUUGGAUUGAACGUGAUUUAAGUUUAAAUGAUUCACUUAUACAUUUUAUAUUAAUAACAAUAACAAUAAGUGAAAUUAUAUUACCAUCAUUUUUAUUUUAUACAAUAAAACAUGUUGUUUUAUCAUAUGUAUUUUAUUUAUUUAUUGGUUCAUGUUUAUUACUUAUUUUAUUUAUGUUUAUUCUAUAUACAAGUAAACAAUGGCAACGAAAACAAUUAUAUAGAAUAUUACCAACAUCAAUGGAAAUGGAUGAAGUUAAUAUAGAAAAUCAUUCGGAUAAUAAUGAUGAUGAUGAUAAUAAUAAUAAUUAUUAUUAUUUAAAUAAUGGACGUAUGAAUUUAAAUGAAUCGAAAAUAAAUUUAGAUAAUGAAAGAAGUAAAGGACUCAAAGGACAUUGA